AUGAUGCACAGAUGUCAACGGUUAAUGGGGUCUGGAAAACUGCUAGCAUCCUAUGUACAAUCUAGUCAAAAAUCAUGCAUUAUUAGUCAAUUGUAUCCUCGUAUUGCGAUUCACACGUCAUCGUUCAUUCAUGAAAAACAUGAAAGCAAGUAUACGUCGACGGAAAAUUUUACGAAACCUGUUGAAACUUCAACAAAAACGAACAAUGAAGCAAUGCGUUCUGUAACAACAAGUGUGCAACCAAUACAAAAUGUAACAUUUGCUACAAAAUUAGUUAAUAAUUGUCCAUCUAAAGUACAGCCAUACUUAAAACUACUAAGAAUGGACAAACCAAUAGGAUCUUGGUUAUUAUUUUGGCCUUGUGGUUGGAGCAUAGCUUUAGCGACACCAGCAGGAGCUUUACCAGAUUUGCAUCUACUGACUCUUUUUGGAAUUGGUGCAUUCAUCAUGCGUGGAGCAGGAUGCAUAAUAAAUGACAUGUGGGAUCAAGAUAUCGAUGGAAUGGUAGCCAGAACAAAAGAUAGACCAUUGGUUACUGGAGAAAUUUCACCUCUGCAGUCGUUUGUUUUUCUUGGAAGCCAAUUAACUUUGGGAUUACUUGUAUUGUUACAAUUAAAUCUUUAUAGCAUUAUAUUGGGUGCAAGCUCACUAGUUUUGGUAAUACUGUAUCCUGUUCUGAAAAGAGUAACAUAUUGGCCGCAAUUGAUACUAGGAAUGACAUUUAACUGGGGUGCACUUUUGGGCUGGUCUGCUGUACAGGGAUCAUGUAAUUGGUCUGUGUGCGUACCUCUUUAUACUGCUGGAGUUUGUUGGACACUUUUGUAUGACACUAUAUAUGCACACCAGGACAAAAUAGAUGAUGUUAUAAUAGGUAUAAAAUCAACAGCUUUAAAGUUUGGAGAUAGGACAAAGAUAUACCUUUCUGGAUUUAGUACAACCAUGAUCACUGGCUUAAUUGCAUCAGGUAUAUUAACUUCACAGACCUGGCUAUAUUAUACAGCAGUUGGAGUAGUUGGUGUUCAUCUUGCUAAUCAGAUUUAUAGCUUAAACAUUAAUGAUCCAGCUGACUGUGCUAAGAAGUUCAUCUCCAAUCAUAGGGUGGGAAUGAUUCUAUUUGCUGGAAUUGUGUUAGGAAAUCUAGUAAAAGAUUCAGUGCUCAAAAAAGAUGACAACAUUGAACAAGAAAUCAAAGUAGAACCUAUUUCCACUGUAAAGAAAUAACACUAGUUCCAUCAUUAGUUCUUUAAGUCAAAGACAAUUUUAAUUCAAUAAUUUUUAAAAAUAUGUUGCAUACAGAGCAUACAAUUGCACAUUUUAAACUGUACAGGGCAACGAAAUUAUAUAGGUAACUGGCUGGUUCCAGUGAACUCAAGAAAUUAAUCUCAAUAAUUCUAUAUGUACAGAUAUGCCAUAAAAGAGCUUGAAUUGUUAGUUGUAAUUUAUACAAUGCCAUUUUUUAAGUUACAAAUAAUUCA